AUGGCCUACUCCCCACCUCCGCCUUCGCUCAGCUCCCGCUUCUAUUUUGAGGAUGGGAAUGUAUCACUCCUGGUUGAGAACGUUCUCUACAAGGUCCAUCACACUAUCCUCACUCGCCAUUCGCCGUGGUUUGCGAAGCGUCUAUCUCAACCAGACGAUUCCUUGCUCCCUGGCUGGUACCCUCACCAAACGAAGAAGGGCGAACAACUAUGGGUGCAUUGGAACAACAAGGACAUACAGGACGUGCAUCCGCGCGUCCAAGACGAGUCCGGCGCUUGGGUGCUCGAAGGCGUGACCUCGGCCCAGGUCGACGCUUUCAUGUCCGUUCUAUAUCCCAAGAACUUCGUUACUUACGACAUCGUGGGCCAAGAUGCCUGGGUUGGGGUUCUAAAGCUCGCGAACGCCUGGGAAAGCCACUCUGUCCGCCAGCUCGCAAUUUCUCGCCUACCAAACCCCCAUAUCGACGACCCAAUUGCUCUCCUCGUCCUCGCGCGCCAACAUCAGGUUCAACAAUGGACCCGUCUAGCUCUCAUAGCUCUCUGCAAGAAGGCAAUCCUACCGGAUCGCGACGAGCUUCGCAUCCUCGACCGAGAAGAUCUCCUACUCUUGUUCACGCUACGCGCGACCUGCGGUGACGACGAGGAGCAGCUCAAGAUUGAAUUGGACGCCUACUUCGAUGCCGAGGCCAUCAAGGCGGAGUUAGCCGAUGCCCGCGCUUUUGCCGAAGCGGCUAGGAUUCGAGCACUGGAGGAUGAAGCAGCCCGCGAACAAGCACUGGCAGAGGAAGCCGCUCGUGAACAAAUCGUUGUCGAUGAUGAAGCCCGCGCUCGAAGUCUGGCUGAAGAAGAAGAGCGACACCUGCGUCAGAGGGAGGAGCUUGAAGCUGAGCUGGCUCGGCUUGCGAUAGAUGAAGGCUUCGAGCCUGUAGUUCCUAUGAUCGAGUCUCCCCUCAGCGCCGUUCUGGCACCAGGAGAGCGCCCAGGUCUCGAUCUUCUCCCACCUCCCAUCGCGAUGGACCAUCCACUGACGCCAGCACCGGUCGAGACUGAGCUAUUUGUCGACUCCCCUGGCUCUGUCUCUACAGAAUCGAUAGCACCAGCGUCGCUGCUCGUAACCCCACAGCCAAACCUAGCACCGCUGCCUUCCACCAACUCCAGCCCCACCAUCGUGGGAUCGGGCUCUGAGAGAGCAGCUCCUUAUAUGUCUCCAUCCGCAAAGGGAGGUCGGUGGCUUGGAGAGGGAAACAAAGCAGUGUGGACGGGUUACGAUUCGCUCGAGAAGCCCGGUGGCUUGAAGAUCGACACCGACACCCCGGGACAGCGCUCAACGGGCUCGGCGCUGACCGCACGGCCAGGUGGUCUUCUGGGUAGCGUUCUCAACUUCUUGUCGCCAGGAAGCACGACGGCCGUCGGCACAGGUGAUUUCGGCUUCGCGUCGACGCCGAUAGCUGGCGGAUGGCCGCAGGAGAACCCUCACCACGUUGGCGAUGCGCAAGGUAAUGGUCCUGCAUUGAUGACACUGCCCACUGCUGGCACGAAUGGCAGUAUCGUCUCCAGUCCCGAGGCUAUCACUCCGGCGGUGCCCGAGAUACAGGUAGAGCCCGAGCCGCCCAGUCCUACAUCGACCAACCUUGACAGCAUCUCCGAGGCGCAAGACUUGGAUUCUACAGAUGCACCAGAAGCCCCUGUGGCUGAGAGUGCCCCGGAAAGGAAGACGGAGGGCGCCAAAGACGAUGUUCCUCGCAAAGACACACAAGGCUCAGAGUCCGGGACACCCACGCCCGAUAAUGCAUCUAGCAGUCGCGCUUCGAGCUCUAAGCCUCCCAGUGAGCCCGUUCCUGACGUUUCUGCUGGUGGGAGCGCUGGCGGUCGCUCGACUCCUGAUCCCACGAGCAAGAGUGUCCCGCCACCGCCGAAGACCUCCAAGAAGAGGAGAAAGACGCUCAAGAGGCGUGCCACCGAAUCUAGUGCUACUGCGCCCGUUCUCUCUUGA